CAAUCCGCCUUUAAUCUGGUAGUAUAGCAUAACAGAGGUGAAUUGUUAACUGUUUGGAUGUGAGACAGAGGAAUCUAGUCUGUGCAGAUUCUACACUGUCUGUUUCAGAAGGAUAAAAGUUACACAUUUGUUCAGGUUAAGCUGUCUGCUCUUUGUUCCUGCUUCACAAUUGACUUUGCAGAAUGACAUGCGUGUUAAAGAUUAGAUGGAGCACCUUUUCUCUACGGAGGUCUGUUUACGAAACCCCGCUUCAGUACUCUGCUAUCUUUAUGCAGCGCAGGCUGAAGACCCAAACAAACUAGAUGAUUAUCUGUAUUGAAUUGCAAAAAGGGCUGAGCCUGCCAAGUGGGGAGCAUAUGGUGCAGAGUCAGUGAAAACAGCUGAAGUUAUCCGAGACAAAGUGGAGGAACAGAACAUUAUGUGUUUAUUACACAGACAAUUAAAUCCCUUCAUGUUCGGGCUGUUUUCUUUUGGGUUUGUAAUGUCAUGUUGAUAAGGUUGAAAGAACUGUUGAGAAAUGACUAAUCUUUCGUGUUCGAGGUUGUGGCCACAUUUAAUAUCAGCAGUUUGGAUUGUGCUGAUCCGGUGUGUGACGAAUCAUUCCUGCGUUACCGCUCUGCGUCUGGCUCUCUCUGUGCUUUUUCUUGCUGUUCUCUCCAGGCCUCACACACCUCUCAGCGCCCUGUAUGCCUUAUUAUCAUGCCCAGCUAGGAGCUCGCCCUCUGCUGCUGCUGCGCGUGCGUGUGUGCGUGUGUGCGUGUGUGCGUGUGUGUGUGCGUGUGAUAGAGAGGGAGGCAGGGAGAGGGAGUGAGAGUAUGUUUGACUUCUUUUGUGGGAUAAUGACCCGUGAGGUUGGAGGGACUUGUCUGGGAUUUUUGGACCCUGCAUCAUCAUCAUGCAUCGCAAUCUGGGACCUUCACUGAGCCUACUGCACUGUGAAGGUGUGAACAACCAGAGCUACAGCUGUGAGUCCGGACACUGCUGCGGGGAGUCUCAGUGCUGCAGCUACUACUAUGAGCUCUGGUGGUUUUGGUUGGUGUGGGCGAUCAUCUUCAUUUUGAGCUGCUGCUGCGUGUGUCACCAUCGCCGCACCAAACAACGUCUGCAGCAGCAACAACGGCAGCACGAGAUCAACCUCAUCGCUUACCGCGAAGCACACAACUACCCCUCUGUGCCCUUCUUCUUCAGGUUUCUGCCAAACUACCUCCUGCCGGACUAUGAAGAGGUGGUCAACAGGCCUCCGACUCCUCCCCCUCCCUACAGUGCCUUACACACAGGCCCAUCCUCAGUGGCUACUAGCCCACUGGCUCCUGAGCUGCAGGAGGGACACUGUCAAACCAUCCAGCCCACUCCGGUGCCCCCGGUCUCUGACAGUCUGUGUUGCAGACCCCGCACAGAGGAACCACAACCCCCCACCUUAGACUUGAGGCCAAAGCCUGACAACAAGCCCCUGCAGACAGCACAAGAGUCCGGCGUGAUUCUGCUGUCCGAUGGGCUCAAUAGGGAGGGACUUACCAGCCAGGAGAAAAGAAGUGGAAGCGGGGACGACUCCUGUAAGGACCCCCUGCUGAAGGAGCCGUCGGAGGGUUCCUCUGAGGACAAAGAUCGGCUCCCCAACGGACGGAGGAGGCGAUUCACAGGGGACUCUGGGAUUGAGGUGUGUGUGUGCGGCACGCGAGGGAGCAGCAGUUUUAGUGGAGCUGGAGGGACAGGCCAGGAAGACAAGAAGUUGAGGGAGCUAGAGAGCCUGCUGGGGCACGAGGGAGUAGACGAGGAGGAGGAGGAGGAGGAGGAGGAGGAGGAGGAGGAGGCGGGCGACUUCUGCGACAGCUGCAACCAUCAAACCUCCUUCGGUGCAGAGGAGGAGCAGGCGCCGGGCGGGCUGGAGAGGCGGGUCGCACGUGGGCCUCCUCAGCCGGCUAACCAGACAAGCAGCGCCGCACUCCACCCUCCAGUGUGCCUCCUCCUGCACACCAUCAACGAGCAGGAGGGGCCGCACCUCAGCACCAGCACUGAGCCGCAGGGCUGAAACACACCUGCGUCUCGUAGAGGGAAGAGACAGAGCAUGGAGGCAUUUGCUUUUGUACCUGAGCAAGUGUUUUAUGUCUAAAUACUGAGUGUGAGUAUUUCUAUGAAUGUGUGCAUCUUAGAUAAAAGCAGGUGUGGGAGCAGGAGGUGGAAUCUCAGCUAAAUAUGAAGAAUAUAAACUGAGAAGGUCAUAAAUCUAAGACAGCCUGCUCCUCCCCACACUGGAACAGUGGCCUUAACCUGUGUAUUUGUGUUGUGUUUGGGCAGUCCAAGCCCUUUAACAAGCCUGUGGCAAAUUGAGACUUCUCACUCUGCACACACACAGUCCUUUAGUUGUUCUUCUGAUGCAUCAUAAGCUAAUGACACACAGUCAAAGCCUUGAUAGCUGUGAUGUCAGGAAAGGACAAACGGCAGGAACAUUUUGGAUGAGUGCAAUGUGGAUAUAACACAGUGAGUGCUUAUGCAAACUGAUACUGUACAGGGACGCUAGAACAAGGCUGUGUGGGACGUCCCGUCAGACUCAUACUUCUUAAGUGCUUCUUUUUUUUUUGCGAUUUAAAAGCCGCUCUGCCUUGUGCGUGUUUGUGUUGCUUCUCUAUCUGCCCCAGCUAGUGAUAGAGAAGUAUAAGUGCAUUUACAAAUCUUCAUGUGAGCAGUUCCUAUUUUGCACAAAGUGUAUUUAAAUGAAGUUUUUUAGCUAAAACAAAUCAAAACAGAAAAUGCUUUCCGUCUUAAAUUGCAGUACGUGAUUUAGUGUCUUAGGGUUUUGGUGCAACAUCUGUAAGAAAUGGAACUAUGUGGAUUGUUAGUCGGGAGUGCGACAGAUCUACUUUGUUCACAAUCAUUUAAAUUAUAUAUGUUUUAAUGUUUGUAGUUUGUGCCUACCACCCCCCCCCCCCCAAAAAAAAAAAAAAAAUGGAGAACUUUGAUGAACAAUGAUGAGUUUCACUGAAGCUGAGAGACAAUGAGGAAGCAGAUACCAAACCCCAGAGAAGAAUAUUAAGCUUCUUAGAGAUUACAAAUGAGAUGGGCAACGUCAGACCUCAAACCUUUGUGUCAUUCAUUUCAGCAGAUUGCCACGUUUCACCAGCUAUAACAACAUGUUCACUCUUUGCAUUGGAUUUUCAUAGUAGCACAAUUUCACCAUGUUAUAGCCUUGGUGUUUAUUAAUUAAACAUUCAUAGCAGCUUCCUGAAGGGUCUAUCAGGGUGUGAUUUUCACCAAAAUAUGGCUUGUUAACAGUUUUUUUUUUACUAAUGGAUGAGGUUGUCAAUAUAAUGCAUUGUGUUGUUCAAUUUGAGAGAGAAAAGGCUCCUUAUAAAUACAAAUAUUAUAUAAUGAUAUAUAUUUUGUAUAUUCAGUUUUAGUUCAUUAAUUUAGUUUACAUACAAAAGCAAAGAAUCAGUUAAGGUAAUAAAAUAAGUUUGGUAGUUGUCCUUGGUUAUUCUUAAUAUCUGAAUAUCUAUAAACACAAGUUCGCAUCACAGGAUAUUUUUUUAUGAUGGACAAACUGUUAACAACAAGUUAACAAGCAAUAUUCAUAAUGCUGCUACUGCGGAUAAAAAGACCACAUAGUUCUAUUAUAUGUAUCUUCUAUGUAAUGCCUUGAAGAGCCUGAAUGUUUUAAAUCUAAAUCUUACAGGAGCUGUAAUAAAGAUGAUUGGUGAUGAAUGGGCCAUCAAAAAUGCCAAACUUUUACAAAUUAAGUGAAAUUUUACUUUGCCCACUCUCUGAGAUGUGGUGAUGCUACCUGUCAUUGUGUCUUUGGAGCACCCUCAACCAUGCACACAGCGCAAUGUCUGCAAAGCACAAAUGUUUUAAAUCACAGAUUUCUAUAUAUACCCUAAAACAAUCUAACAGAAGAUGUCUCUCAAAGCUUCUAGCACAAGUUCAAUUGUAACGUGAUCUUUCUGUAUUAGCAGUAAGAUGAUUGUAUCUUACCCAUGAAUACCUGAACACUCUAAAGUGCUGUAUAUGUUAAUGCUUUUUGUGAGCUACAAAGUGAUAUUGUGUGAUUGUGGUACAUGUAGUACCAAGACGAGCUAUUUUUCAUAUCAGCUGAAAUCCUUUAAAUAAAAAUUAUUGUAACUGUAUAAAAGAUGUAGAACCACUUUAUAUAUGAAAAUGUGUAUAAUAUUCUGUAACAUGUUUGUGAACCAAAUAGUUGCUUUCAUAAUUUUUAUGAAAUCAUUAGCUUUAUUGUUAUGGACAGAUAUUUGUGUUUCUCAUUAUUGGUAUUAUUUUGUUGUGUGCAGGGUACGUUUUGACUAACAAUACAAUAGAUAACAAGAUCAGGGGCAUCUUGCCAAAGACACGUUUUAUUUCCUAAGUGUGUGUGUAAGGUAGUUUUGCACGUAUUCUUUGAAUGUUCUGAUCAUAAGCCAUUUAUUACAACAAACACGAUGGAUGUAUGUUUAAUAAAACAUGCCUUUUUAAAUUCAAGCUGA